GCGACGGAGGAUUCCGUUGCCUUGUCUUCGUCCCCACGCACCAUAUAUCUUCUUCUUCUUGCCUCCUUUCUCUCCGCCUCAAAUCGAAACCCUAACUCUAAGACGGCGAUCGGAACUCUCGGAAAUCCCCCGUGCGAUUCGUAUUCGGAGAGGAUGUGGCAACGCGGGGGGUACCAGAAAGCCGGGGACUUGGAGUCCGGCACGCAGCCGCUCUACCCGAUGAUGUCGGAGAGCCCCGAGCUCCGGUGGGCUUUCAUUAGGAAGGUCUAUUCCAUAAUCGCCGUCCAGUUGGCGCUGACGGCGGCCGUCGCCGCCGUCGUCAUCGCCGUCCCGCCCAUCUCCCACUUCCUCGUCUCGUCGACCGCCGGUCUUGCGGUUUACUUCCUCCUUAUUUUCCUCCCCCUCAUCGUUUUGUGCCCUCUGUAUUACUAUCACCAGCGGCAUCCAGUGAAUCUGCUUCUCCUCGGACUAUUUACUGUAUCGUUCAGUUUCGCAGUUGGAAUGAGCUGUGCGUUCACGGACGGAAAGGUCAUUUUGGAAGCUGCUAUUCUCACUGCAGUGGUGGUUGUUAGCCUCACUCUGUAUACCUUCUGGGCUUCUCGGAGAGGCCAUGACUUCAACUUUCUUGGUCCUUUCCUUUUUGCUGCUAUCUUGGUCUUACUGGUGUUUUCACUCAUCCAGAUUCUAUUUCCACUGGGAAAGAUUUCCAUGAUGAUAUAUGGAGGGUUAGCAGCAAUCAUAUUCGCAGGCUACAUCAUAUACGACACAGACAACUUGAUCAAGAGAUACUCUUAUGACCAGUACAUAUGGGCUGCUGUUGCUCUCUAUAUUGACAUCAUAAAUCUGUUCCUUAAUUUGCUCACCAUACUGAGAGCUGCUAACAAUUAAAUCAUACAUAGUGAAUAAAUAAACUGAAUGUGUGUAGAGAUCUCUUUGCGACACAUUAUUGAACUUGGAAAUUAUCUGUCUUGUAAUUGCAAAAACAAGACCUAUGUUCAUUCAACUCCUUGUUAUUCGCUGUAUCUAAUUUGAAUAAAUGACAGAUUGAUCAGUUGGUGUUAAA